AUGGGUAAGCUGAUUCUGAGAUUUAUUGGUCUGUAUCGUAUUAUGAAGGGGGUUGGACAUGUUUAUUAUCAGUUGGAGUUGCCUCUCCAGCUUGGUCAUAUUCACGAUGUUUUCCAUGUAUCUAUGUUGAGGCUAUACCUUUCGGAUACGAGUCACAUCAUCCUGGUUGAGGAAGUUGAGUUGAGACCAUAUCUAUUGUAUGAUGAGGAGCCUGUUCAGAUUAUGAAUCAAGAUGAGAGAGUUCUUCGGAACAUGCAUAUUCCAAUAAUGAAGGUCCAGUGGAGUAAUCGUGGUCCCAGAGAAACCUCAAAGACAAAGGAGUCAAUAAGGCAUCAAUUUUCACAGCUAUUUACUCCAGGUAAUUAA